AUGGCAAAACGAGCCCCGACACCGAUACCGCCGCUCGAUAUUCUUCGGUUCAAGCUCAACACAAAGUUCGAAACAGCGAACGAAAUUGUUGAGCACUCGGAGGGCGUGGGGUCAGGGUGGUUAUGGCCGGUCGUCUGGCUGCUGCAGGUAGGCGCUAGAUGGAAGACGGGGCAGAAGCUCGGCGAGGGCGGGUACGGGGAGGUCUAUCUUCAGCAGGAGCAACAGACGGGUGAAUUGAGGGCGGUCAAGAAGGUAAAGCUGAAUAGCACGGGAUACAAGGGGCCGGGGGAUCGGCAUAAGGUGGUCGAGCGGGAGUUGAGGACGAUGCUUGAGUUGAGAGAUAACCACCUUUUCGUGAAAUGCCUGGGAUGGUACGAGGACACGAAUUCAAUUUAUAUUGCGAUGGAAUACAUGGAGGGCGGCGACUUAUCACAGUACAUAAAGGAUGAUCAUGAAUCUGAGAGGAUGACAGAGGAAAAGGCCCGACAAAUAAUUGAGCAAGUACUCGAUGGGCUUGUGGUAUUGCAUAAGUUAAAAAUAUGUCACAGAGAUUUAAAGCCAAAGGAUCGUUCCCAGUCCCAUAUCGACCCGAUACCCACAAAUGGUUUACUACUACUCGAGUUUAGUUAUGAGCUGCAAAUAUGGAGGUCGUAUCAAGGUAAGAUCUCUAUGGUGGAGCUCAAUCUAAACAGAAAAAGUAUAUCAAUGGGGGGUAAUAUUCUUAUCGCCGACUUCGACCCCUUGCGUAUCAAGUUGGCAGAUUUCGGAUCAUCAAAAUCCAUGGUGAAUAAGACCCAGUCAGGUAAUCGGGGAGGGACCUUUGGAUACAUGGCGCCGGAGCUACUGGGAUACCAUAUGCCCAAAGAAGUCUUUGAUUGGACGGCUGUGGAUAUGUGGGCUCUAGGUUGUGUUGUUUUCGAGGUCAUGACCGGUCAAACGCCUUUUGCUGUAGCCGCUAAAGCUACCGAUUCCGAGAGCUUUUCUUGCCUUCACCCGGAAGCGUAUACCCUAGAGGCUAACACAAAGCUUUUUAACGCUUACUGCACCGGUAACGCGGAAUUUCCGGAGAAGACCUUGAAGCAUCGCAUCCCUGUCUCUGAGUGGGGUGUGGAAUUUUCUCAGAGGUGCCUAGCUCCCGAACAGUGGCUUAGGAUAACCUCAAGUGAGGCCCGGAUGCAUAGGUGGAUAACAAAGCGGGACGAGCUUGAGGACUUGAUGUACAAGUAUGGGAUGGGCGACAUUUCAGCCAUGAGAGAAGCACUCAUAUUGGCGGCGAGCAGUGGGAGAACAAAGUGCUUAUCCAACCUCUUGGAUAAACAAGGGGUUGACAUCAACGCGUACGCCAAUGAGCCUAGAGUACAUGGUAGGACACCACUCCAGGUGGUAGUGGAUGAAGGGCAUAUCGAAGUCGUAAGAUAUCUCUUGGAUAGGGGUGCGGACAUCAAUCUUGAAGCAGGGGAAUUUGGAGGUCGAACAGCACUUCAGACAGCAGCAGGUAGAGGGCACCUCAAUAUUGUAUCACUCCUCUUGGGUCGAGGCGCGGACAUCAAUGCCAGGCCAGCGGAAUUUGAUGGACGGACGGCGCUUCAAGCAGCGGCAGGUAACGGACAUAUCGAAGUGGUGGAACUCCUCUUGGAAAAGGAUGCGGCCAUAAAUGCUAGAGCAGGAUAUGACCACGGUCGAACAGCAUUACAGGCAGCGGCGGAGGGUGGUCAUCUUAGGGUUGUGGAACUUCUCUUGAGCAAACGUGCCGAUGUCAACGGACAGCCGGGGGAUGAGUAUGGUCGAACGGCACUACAAGCAGCGGCAGGUCGUGGACACGCUGGGGUCGUGAGCUGCCUCUUGGAUAAUGGUGCCGAUGCCAACGCCGAACCAGGAGGCAGCGGCGGCCUUACAGCUUUGCAAGCAGCAGCAGCUGAAGGGUACGCGGACGUCGUGAGGCUGUUAUAUAUAAAUGACGCCAACAUCGAUGCUAGAGCAGGAGAGAACGGUGGUCGGACAGCACUGCAAGCAGCGGCAGGUAAUGGCCAAACACGAAUGGUGAUGAUUCUCUUGACUAUUAUGGAUGCCGAUAUCGACGCUGCAGGGGCACAAUCUAAUGGCCGAACAGCGCUGCAGGCGGCGGCAGAAGGGGGACACCUCGAUACCGUGACGUUGCUCCUGAAGCGCGGCGCAUACGUCAACGCCAGAGCAGUGGAUUAUCACGGUCGAACAGCGCUACAAGCAGCAGCAGGCAACGGAUACACCAAAAUCGUCUCACUUCUGUUGAGUAAGGGUGCGAAUGUCAAUGCCCCCGCAGGGCAUAGCAAUGGUCGAACAGCACUGCAAGCAGCGGCGGAAAACGGUCAUAUGGAUAUUGUGCGCAUCCUCCUGGAUAGAGGGGCGAAUGUCAAUGACGAGCCGGGGGAUAUCGAGGGCCGAACAGCACUCCAGGCAGCAGCAGGUGGAGGGCAUCUCGACAUCGUGUUACUCCUCAUAGAGAAGGGUGCCAAUGUCAAUGCUAGUGCUGGGUGGGGCAACGGCAUGACAGCGUUUCAGGCAGCAGCAAACGGCGGGCACGGCUCGAUACUGAGAGUCCUUUUUGAGAAAGGUGCUAACUUCAAACCAAAAGACGAAACCUCCAGUGGCCGGAUAACACUCGGGAUUUCAGAAAUUACAAGGAUGCUACGACGUCCCUCACUCGAAGGUGUUCUUUGA